AUGUGGGUCGCUCAAAAGUCGGUCGCUCAAAUGAGGGUGAGAGUGUUGGGGGGAGCACUUGGUACUGAACUGUCGUUAUUAUUCAAAUGUCGGUCGCUCAAAGGUCGGGUCGCUCAAGUGUCGGCGCUCAAAGAUAAUGGGAAUAGAAAUCGUCAUCAGCCAAUUCCAUCGCACAUAGCUUAUCAACCUCCUGAGAGAUCCCCAUCUCGUUCUUCGACAAAACCAUCACUUGUUCGAGCCACUAAGGAUUUUAAAGCUAGAGAAGCUGAUGAACUUAGUCUAGAAACUGGUGACGUGAUUUCAUUAAUUGGAAAACGUUCUGAUGGUUGGUACAAAGGCAAGUUAAGAGAUCAAGAAGGAUUAUUUCCCGGGAAUUUUGUUGAAGAAAUUUAA